GCCUUCUUGCUCCAUCAGCCAAUGGCAAUGGCGGCCCCGCCCCCAGGCUGUGAGGACACACUGUGCGCGGUUCCGCCCUGCGAGCAGGGCCGGAAGGUGGUGGCGCGGAGCGGCGCUAUGUCUGCCAUCUUCAACUUCCAGAGUCUGCUGACUGUAAUCUUGCUGCUCAUAUGUACCUGUGCCUAUAUCAGAUCCUUGGCUCCCAGCUUACUGGACAAAAAUAAAACUGGACUGUUGGGGAUAUUCUGGAAGUGCGCCAGGAUUGGUGAGCGGAAGAGCCCCUACGUAGCCGUGUGCUGUGUUGUGAUGGCCUUCAGCAUCCUCUUCAUGCAGUAGCACCUGGAGAGUGUCCCCUGCUGCCAAACAGCACAGUUUGGUAGAGCUCCUGGCAGGAAAAGAUGGGAAAGUGUCACCAAGUCUCCUCGCACAUGAUGGACCCCCCGUCUUCCGGUGGACACCCCCUGAAACACACCAUCGUGUGCAGUAUUAGAUCACAACCUAGAUGACAUGUGCUUGUUAAUGUUGAGUCAGCACUGAUGUAACUCUUGAAAGGUAUCUCUUCUAACCAUAGCAAUAAGGUCACCCUUGAAAGAAUAAAGAACAUUGUGAUUUUA